AUGGUCAGGCACAUGUUUCUUCCCUUCUACUCGAAGGAGCGCGGCCCCCCGCGCAUUCGGAUGCAAGUCAUGGGCGUGAAAGGGAAACGGUUUUACAAGAUCGUUGCAGCCAACCAGCGAGACCCUCGAGACGGGAAGCACAUGGAGGUUCUUGGGAGCUACGUCCCCUGCACGCCUUCGGGUGUUGAAGAGCUCCGCCUGCGCUUCUCGAGAAUCAAAUUCUGGUUGGCGGCCGGCGCCGCCUUCAACCCCAAGAUGGCGAACCUGCUGGGAAAUGCGGGACUCGUACCGGUGCCUCCGCCGAUGUUUGGCUGGCGCGCAAAGGCCAGAUACACGCUCCUCGAGAGCGUGAUGCAAAAGCAAGAAAAACUGCGGGAAAGGCAACUGCGCGAGUAUUUCAAAACCGCGGAGCCCGUGGUGUACAGACCUGCUUCGGCUUCGGAGGACGAAGAAGCAGAGGGAGAAGGUGAACAAAAGGAAGAACGAGUCCGCCGGAUUCUGCGGUAG